AUGAGACUUCAGUUUUCUACCACUCAGCUGUAUGGUCGCGAUCAGGAGCUGGCAGAGCUCCAGAGAAUCUAUGAUCUAGUGGCGGAGGAAGGCACAUCCAGACUCGUCCUCCUCGAUGGCUACAGUGGCAAUGGCAAGACUUCGUUGGUCUCGCACUUUGGCCGUUCCAUACUACAAACGAGACACCAACAGCAACAGAAUGACAGCAGCCCGCGUUCCGAUUUAUUGCAGUUGGAAGAUUCCACUGCGUCCUUUGCCUUGCCGCAGUCAACUACUACUCGAUUCAUCAAGGGCAAGUUUGAUGAACACAAUCGCAAGCCAUACGCCGCAUUUGUAGGAGCCUUUCGGGAUUUGAUUGCCUCCUUGAAACGUCAUUGUCACGAAGAAUGCGACCGGAUUGCGGCCAUCCAAAAGGCCGUGAACGACCACAAGCAAAGUAGUGUUCUCUUUGAUAUUAUUCCCAAUCUCAAGGAUCUGAUGGAGGAAGAAGACGACGACGCCGCCAAGAAGACUGCAUCAGAAGGCAGCCAUUUUUUUCGACGGUCCUCCAUAGAAAAGAACAAUAACAACAACACAAUAAGUGCGACGACAAAACAAUCCACCGGGUCCUCACGCAUGCUGCAGAGAAUUCACGAGUUGCACUUUCAGUUCAAGGCAUUUGUGAGAGCGGCCUGUGCGGGUGGACCAGUGAUUCUGUUCUGUGAUGAUUUGCAAUGGGCAGACCAGUCUAGCUUGGAGCUUUUGAAGGCCCUUGCCAGUGAUGGAUCCUCUCGCAACCUAUUGAUCAUUGGCGCCUACCGUGGACAUGAGAUUGAACAGAAUGAGAAUCAUCCUCUUUCUUGGUGUAUCAACCAUCUUAAGAAUGAAGAAUACCUGCCAGCGGAAAGACUGUACGAAUUGGAGUUGUCAGAUUUCCCACUGGGGGAUCUCAACCUGUUUGUGGCAGACUCCCUUGAGUUGGCGCCAGAAAAGACAAUGUCAUUGUCACAAGUAGUCUGGAGCAAGACGCAUGGAAAUGUGUUUUACUCCAAGCAAUUCUUGCAGGAGCUUGUGGACAAGGAACUGAUAACAUUCGAUUUUGCCUACUUCCGCUGGAAGUGGGAAACGGAGUUGAUUGCGGGAGCUACCGAUCUUUCCGAGAAUGUCGUCGAAAUGGUGGCGGCACGGAUACGACAAUUACCACCUUCGGUGAUUCAAAUUCUCAAGAUUGCUUCCUGUCUGUGGUAUUCGUUCGAUGUCACAGUGUUGGAAUACAUUGUAGUCCAUUCCGAGGAGCGAAUCAAAGAGAGGCGCCGCAGCUUGAAGCGAUUGGCUACCGCGACGCCAUUCUUGUCUGAGCAGGGGGUGCAAGUCAAGGAUCAGUCCAAAGUCAUGCAGGGCUUGCAAGCCGCCAAGGAACAGGGUUUGUUGGAUCAGACGGGAGCAAAUGGUUACAAAUUCGGGCACGACCGAAUCCGAGAGGCGGUAUACUCCAUCAUUGAAGAGGGGGAAGAAAGGGAUGCCCUGCACAUUGUAAUUGGAGAGCUUCUUUGGUACAUGUUUCAUGAUUCCACCAAGAGUCAGCAGUGGAUGCUGUUCUCGGCGGUGGAUCAACUCAACAAGGUCUCUCACCGGUUCCAAAAAAGUGACGCUGGCCAAGGUUUAGAGUUGGCCAAGGUCAACCUGGAAGCGGCCGAAUGUGCCAUGGGCGUUUCCGCGUUUCUGCCGGCCAUUGACUAUCUCAAGAGUGGACUGCAAUUUCUUGGAGACAACCCAUGGGAAGAUGUUGCCAACUACCGGUUUUGUCUCACAAUGCAUUCGAAACUGGCCGCAUUGGAAGCGUCUGUCGGGCAUACCGAAGAAAGCGAGAAACUCAUCCAAGGCACGCUACAACACGCCGAGUGUUUUGAGGACAAACUGCCAUUGUAUGUUACCAAAGUAGAGUCCCUGGGCGUUCAAGGCAAACUGAAAGAAGCGUUGACGUUGGCGUAUGAGGUAUUGGAAGGGUUGGGGGAAGCCUUUCCGCAGAAUACGACUGGAAAACGCUUUCAGCGGGCAGUCCAAUCGGACACAUCCUUGACGCAAAAACUUCUGAGUAAACACAACGAUGCAACUAUCCUGGCGUUGCCUCUGCUGCAAGAUAGCAGGAAGCAGUACGCUCUGAAGAUCAUGAACUUGCUGGUGGAUUCAGCAUUUCAUCUGGGGGAGAUGAUGCAGCUCUUUCUGAUCAUAAAUCGCAUGAUCCGGAUUUCACUCGAAUACGGUCUUGGGGAUGUCUCGGGAGUAGCAUUUGCCCUCUAUGGUUUCAGCCUGAACUCUCCCAAUGGCGAUAGAAUGGAAAACUAUCGGUACGGGAAACUCGCGUUGUUGUUGCAAGAGCGGCUGGCAGCAAAGGAGUGGGAGUGCCGCGUCUUGGUGUUUGUGUAUGUCUUGUUGAACCACUGGGUCGAGCCAUUGCAGAAGAGUUUGAACCCUCUGCUUGCCGCUCACAGCGCAGGGAUGCAACACGGUGACAUUGAUUACGCGGUUCAAGCCUCGGGGGCAUUCCUUACGUUGUAUUGGUACAGUGGGAAUGACUUGAACUUCGGAGUUGACGAAAUGCGGCGGUUCUCUGCUCAGAUGAAAGAUUACAAACAAGAGAAGGCGCUGGCAAUCUACUUGCCCUUGUUUCAGUGUUUACUCAAUAUGACAGGACCAGCCUCGGACGCCGCUUUACUAUGCGGCGAGGCAAUCAGCCAGGCCGAGUACGAGGAAAAGAAGUUCACGAACAGUACAAUCAUGAGCUACCAAAUGCAGCUUUCAUACUACUUCAACGAUAUGGAGCGCGCCGAAGAACUGUCAACUUCAUUACAGAAGGUCAGCAAAUCAUUCAAUGCCCACUACUUGUUCGUUGCCCGGCAGUUCUUUUUUGGACUGAUUUCUCUGCGGGUUGCAAUGGAUAGCAAAGGCAAGAAACGAAGAAGGAACAUCGCGGUAGCAAAUCGAGUUAUCAAAGAAAUGGAACAAUGGACUCAGCGAGGAGGCAUCAACUGUCUUCAAAAGCUGCUCAUAUUGAACGCCGAACAGAAAGCGUUGAAUUUUCUCCGUCAAGGGCGGUUCUGCUCGAAGAAGGAGGCCGUCGAAAGCGUACGGGAGGCCUUCGACAUUUCAAUUGCAACGGCAAUCAGGUCGGGGUUCCCCAAUGAUGCUGCCCUUGCAUGUGAACGCGCAGCAGCUUUUCUGGAUCGAUGCAACCAGGAUGCGUAUUGGGUACAAAGCUAUGCAUCUCGCGCCGUCGAGUACUACAAACUGUGGGGCGCCAAUGCAAAGGUUGACCAACUGACAGCAAUCUACAGUCGCGGGUUGUCCACGGAUUUGUCGUCGACGCCGGUCCAUGCGCCUUUUAGGCGUUCGUCUGUCACUUAUGAUCACGAAAAGGUUCUUUGUGCCGAGGUUCAAGUUCGGCAAAAAGACAGCAGCGAGAAAUCAUCUGUGCGGAUUUCUAAUCAAUUUUCGUCGGAAGUAGUGUUGAAAGCUGCAAGAGGCCUUCUCAAGGGGAGUGGAUCACUCCGCGAUGGCUCCGAGUCUGUCACAUACAGAGACGAAACAACUGCCAGAAGCAUGGAUGAGCUCGGCUCUGGUUGGCUCGAACCAUUUCAGCAAUCAAAGCUGGACGAAAGAAAAAGCUAG